AUGCUGACAGAGACGCAGACCCCAGAGCCCACAAUGCCCCCAGAGCCCACACUGCCCCCAGAGCCCACACUGCCCACAGCGCCCACACUGCCCCCAGAGCCCACACUGCCCCCAGAGCCCACACUGCCCACAGCGCCCACACUGCAUGCUGUGCCUGGACUUGCACAGACGGCUGUCGAGGGGGAUCUGCCAGAGCUCAGUGACGGCCUGGAUCUGCCUUGGCUCGGCUCCUCGCUGAAGCCUUCUCCUGGCAGCCGCGACAGUGACAGCGAGAGCAUCAGCGGAGACUGGAAACCAUCCAUCCAGAGCAGCUCGCAUGAACGGCUGAGUGAUAGUUCUGCUCAUUCCAGCUUGGGCACUGGUUACUUUUGCGACAGUGAAAGUGAUCCAGAUGAGAAGGUUUCCGAUGCCAACUCCGAGAAGCUUUUCCUCACCAGCAGCAGUAAAGGUAAGAAACCCGGCGUCUCCCCAGUCUCAGCAUCUCUCCCAAAGCCUUUCGAGUUCCCCCAGUUAGUUUGCAACUGA